UGUCCAGCCUUUCCCCAUCUAAUCCUCUUCCCAGUACUCUCUCUCUCUGUUUUUACGAAGCCAAGGAAAACAGAACCAGGAAGUACUGACGCACCGGACCCUUACAAAUACAACCAGAUGUUAUAACGACGGUUUGGGCCAGGCGAUUUGGGAGGGGACCAGACCGGAAAUGGUAGUUUCUAUGGUAACCCCUGAGCGGGUUGCCUGGGAGAUGACCUCUUGUGGUCUCUCUGAAUCUCUGCUGUAGCGUCACCUAGAAGGCAGAUCUAACAUCCUGAUCUGUCUCCUGCCAUGAUUCCCGGGAAAUACCGCUCUGCUUCUGGCCGGACUGCAAACAACGUGAACUGUGGGCUUCAUCUGGUUAUUCAAACAUCAUCGCUUCCUGAAAAAAACAAAGUUGAAUUCAAGAUUAAUAGAGAAACAUCAUCAUUUCCUGGAAGACUCUUACAACAUGACCUUGAAAGAAACUACUCAAGUAGGCAAGGAGAUGGAAGAGUAAUAAGUCCUUCGCUUCGUUAUAAAUCAUCAUGCAUCUCAUCCACAACAAACGUGACAGAACUAUGUGGGCUGGAAAUGAAAACUGCCACAACCUCCUUAUCAGCAUUUGGAGAUUCUUCCAUUCAGACACCUUCAAAGUCCAGAAUUCGUCAGGGAUGUCAUAGUGCUGGCCCAAAUGUAUCUGGUGAUCAUAUUAAUUUGGUGAGCUCAUCAAUGCCAUCAUUUCCUAUUCUUCACCGUUCUUCUGAAGAGAAAAUUCUUUACUCAGACAGAUUGACUCUAGAAAGGCAAAAGCUAACGGUUUGCCCUAUCAUUGAUGGAGAAGAACACCUUCGUUUGUUGAACUUUCAGCACAAUUUUAUAACUCGGAUCCAAAAUAUUUCAAAUCUACAGAGGUUAAUAUUCUUGGAUUUAUAUGAUAACCAGAUUGAAGAAAUUAGUGGGCUUUCUACUCUAAGAUCUCUCCGUGUCCUUCUCUUGGGGAAAAACAGAAUCAAGAAAAUCUCAAAUUUAGAGAAUCUAAAAAGCCUAGAUGUUUUGGACCUUCAUGGAAAUCAGAUUACCAGAAUUGAAAAUGUCAACCAUUUGUGUGAUUUGAGAGUUUUGAAUCUUGCCAGGAACCUUUUGGGUCAAGUUGAUAAUCUUAAUGGACUGGAUUCACUAACUGAACUUAACCUGCGACACAAUCAAAUCACUUCUGUGAGAGAUGUGGAUACUUUGCCCUGCCUCCAACGUCUGUUUCUCAGCUUCAAUAAUAUAUCUAGUUUUGACAGUGUUUCCUGUCUUGCUGACUCUACUUCCCUAUCAGACAUCACUUUUGAUGGCAACCCAAUAGCUCAAGAGUCAUGGUACAAACACACUGUCCUUCAGAAUAUGAUGCAGCUGCGCCAGCUAGAUAUGAAGAGAAUCACGGAAGAAGAAAGGCGUAUGGCAUCUGUAGUAGCCAAGAAGGAGGAAGAGAAGAAGCGGGAAAGUCAUAAACAAUCUUUGCUUAAGGAGAAGAAAAGGUUAACAAUUAACAACGUAGCUCGAAAGUGGGACUUGCAACAACGAGUGGCCAAUAUCACUACAAACCCAGAUAGAAAAGAUUCUGACUCUCCUUCUCAGGACCCUUGUCAAAGUGAUGGAAGCACCAUUUCUGCGUUUCCAGAAGAAACAGGGUCUCUAGAUUCAGGACUCAACAAUGCUUUAUUAGGUUUAUCUGUCACAGACACAUACCUUGUUGAAGUAGAUGGGGAUACACUUUCCCUGUAUGGUUCAGGAGCACUAGAAUCUCUGGAUCGAAAUUGGAGUGUCCAAACAGCAGGAAUGGUCACGACAGUCUCCUUCACAUUCAUAGAGUUUGACGAAAUUGUCCAAGUGCUCCCCAAAUUGAAGAUGAAGUUUCCUAAUUCUCUGCACCUUAAAUUUAAGGAAACAAAUCUUAUAAUGCUGCAGCAAUUUAAUGCACUAGCCCAACUUCGCCGUAUUGACCAGUUGACAAUUGAUCCUCAAGGAAAUCCAGUUGUCAAUUUUACACUAUGGAAAUACUAUGUACUAUUUAGGCUAAGCCAUUUUAGUAUGCAGAAAAUAAAUGGAACAGAGGUGACACAGAAUGAUAUGAUAAUGGCUGAAAGGCUCUUUGGAAUCCUAGCACAUGUAGCAUCUUCUGAGUUACCUCAAUACCGUAUGAUUUCAAUUCUGGGUGAUGCCAGGAAAAAGCAAUUCCGGUAUCUACUAGAAACCAAAGGAAAAAAACCUGGCAUUGUCAGUGAAGAAAAUAAUGAUAACAAAAGACUUGUAGGAGAAAACACAAAUCGUGCUACACUCAAUUAUACCACAAGAGAAUUUUAUCAUGAAAAGCUAGAGGAAAUAAAGGAGAAAAAGAAAUUCUGCAAGAUGUAUAUAGAAGACCUUGUGAAGGAAGCCACAGAAAUCAAUAUGAAAAAUGAAGCUUUGCAGAAGCUUUGGCCGCAGAUGUUCAUUGAGCUUGUUAGGGAUGCAGUCAUAGAAAUCCGCAAUAAAAAUUCCUAUAUGAAGCUCUGCCUACAGCAGAUAACUGACCAAAAAUAGAGAGGGCUUUUAGUUACCAUUGAUUUUGGCAGUUUUACUUUUUCUAAAGGUUGAAAAUAUGCAGAUUAAAUAUGUUAAAACAACAUUAUCCUACAGACUAGGAAGAGUAGCAUCAAAAUGUUAUUGACUAUUGUUCUCAAAGUUAAAGAUUAAGAAGGAAAGCAGGAAGAAGGGAGGAUUCAUUUCAUAUAUGUGUUGACCAGAUGGCUUGGAUGUUAGGUUGGCAAUGCAUCUUCCGUUCUUGCUCUGAUCAGAGCCCCCGCUAUAGCCCAAAGCACAUGGCAUUUGCUGAUGGGUCAGCAUGAGUUGCUUCUACCUACUUUCAGCUGAUGGUUUUCAUUUGUUUGCCUUUUUAUUUUAUGUCAUGAUUUCAAAGCCAAAAAUAUGUUCUUUUUAUGAGUGAAGAAUAAACUUAAUACAUUAGUUAAAAAAAAUUUUGCCUCUUUAGUCCAGUCAGUAUUGUCAUAUUUGAUGUAUUUUUAUGUUCUGCUUUUGUUGGGUAGGAUCCCUGCAGUUCACCUACGUGGGAGGAGGCCCCAUUCUUCUAGGGAUGUAUCUUCAGGGCACAACAGGGAGACCUGGGAGUCACUAUGGGCAGAGAAUAUUAAAAUGAGUUAAUACUGGGAUAGAAAAAAACGCUUGAUCUUAAAAGGAUCCUGAGUGAAUAUAAAAUGCAAUCACAAAUCAGUAGUCUGCUUUGAUGAGAGUUGUUUCCUUCUUAUUGACUGCCAUGGGGCUCUUUUUAUAGGCAUGUAUGUGUACCUGUAUCUUAGAGGUAUUAAGGAUAUAAGGGUGAAAGUUUCUAAUUUUUAAAAUUCCAUUGGAAAAUCAAAUAUAUAAUCAAGAUGUGAGCAGGGCUUGAGCCUCAUUCAUGCUAGUGAACAGGGGAUUGCAGCCUUUUUCCAGAGCUGGAGAUAGGACAUACAAUUUCAGAAAAAAAAUAAUCUUACAGGUCAAUAAAUAGGAAUUCUCCACUUUGCUCAGAUUUUGCCCAGCAGCCAUCAUGUCAACAGACCACAAGGCUGUGUGAAAACUAGAAGAUGCAAGACAGCAAAAUCAUACAUAGAUGCCUGGAAGAACACUGGGUGUAUUGCUGUUGCAGACCCAAGAAGGAGCCACAUCCUUAAGAUAUCUAAGUUCCCCUCUCCUCGAAGGAGUGCUCAAGUUUAGUAGGUGAAACAAUUUUUCUGAACAUUGUCUUUAAGUCACACUGUCAUGGGUUAACAUUUUGGCACUAAGCUAUCAGCUUACUAAUUUAUGACCCAUCUGAUCCUCAGUUUUAUCAUAAUAGUACUUACUUCUUAAGAUUGUCAUGGGGACCACAGGAGAUAGUGCAUGCAAAGCGUUUCUCACAAUGCCUGGCACUCAGCAUACAACCAAUAAAUGGAGCUGUUAUUCUUAACUGUUUGGACACCAGUUGAACCAUAAAUUUUGUGCCAUAGAACAGCAAGAGCUGUUAGUUAGCAUUGCUUGGUGAUCCUUCAGCCUCUCCAAAUUGGAACAAGGACCAUUUCUCAUCUGGCUGGUGACUCAUGAUCUC